AUGGCUGUCAAACCAACACAUUUGGUCCCUGUUACAGUUCGCCACUACCGUACCAAUCGUCCUGAUUUGUUGAAGGGGGUGAAUAGACCAUCCCACUUGUGGUGGGGUGUAGACGACCAAAACACGACACGUCUGUAUGAACAAAGCAAGCUGACCGACAAGCCAACCAGCGUCAAACUGAUAGGCCAGUAUGAAUUCCGCUCUUACCCCUACGAUUCCAUGAUUGGUGGAAACACCCGCGGCGUCAUUCGUUGGUCGAAAAGCCGUGACACGCUGCGGCCUGGCCACUUUGAGUUCCCUCUUUAG